ACUUGCGUAGCCGAGCGCACGGCUCGACUUGAAUGGAAGGAGCCCGCGCCCGCGGAGCGCAGCGGAGACUCGGGAGAGCGCGUUCCGCCGGCGGGACGCGGCGCGGCGCAGGGGCGCAGCAGGCACCAUGGCCCGGAAUAAAGCGCUGCUGCUCCUGCUGCUGUUGCCAUCGCAGCUGCAGCUGGGACCAGCACUUGCGGUGAGGGCCCCUGUGUUUGGCCGAAAUGGCGCCCACAGCCUGAGCCCUGAAGAGAACGAAUUUGUGGAGGAGGAGCCUGUGCUGGUCCUGAGCCCUGAGCAGCCGGGGCCUGGCCCGGCCACCAUCAACUGUCCCCGAGACUGUGCCUGCUCCCAGGAGGGUGUUGUGGACUGUGGCGGCAUUGACCUGCGCGAGUUCCCAGGGGACCUGCCUGAACACACCAACCACCUGUCCCUGCAGAAUAACCAGCUGGAGAAGAUCUACCCCCAGGAGCUCUCCCGGCUGCAUCAGCUGGAGACUCUGAACCUUCAGAACAACCGCCUGACUUCCCGAGGGCUUCCGGAGGAGGCAUUUGAGCAUCUGACCAACCUCAAUUACCUGUACCUGGCCAAUAACAAGCUGACCUUGGCACCCCGAUUCCUGCCAAACACCCUGAUCAGUGUGGACUUCGCUGCCAACUAUCUCACCAAGAUCUACGGGCUCACCUUUGGCCAGAAGCCAAACUUGAGGUCUGUGUACUUGCACAACAACAAGCUGGCGGACGCCGGGCUGCCAGACAACAUGUUCAAUGGUUCUAGCAACGUCGAGAUCCUCAUCCUGUCUAGCAACUUCCUGCGCCACGUGCCCAAGCACCUGCCGCCUGCUCUCUACAAGCUGCACCUCAAGAACAACAAGCUGGAGAAGAUCCCACCAGGUGCCUUCAGUGAGCUGAGCAACCUUCGGGAGCUCUACCUGCAGAACAACUACUUGACUGAUGAGGGCCUGGACAACGAAACCUUCUGGAAGCUCUCCAGCCUGGAGUACCUGGAUCUGUCCAGCAACAACUUGUCUCGGGUCCCAGCAGGGCUGCCACGCAGCCUGGUUCUGCUGCACCUGGAAAAGAACGCCAUCCGGAGCGUGGAUGCGGACGUGCUGACCCCCAUCCGCAGCCUCGAGUACCUGCUGCUGCACAGCAACCAGCUGCGCGCGCACGGCAUCCACCCGCGGGCCUUCCAGGGCCUCAAGCGGCUACACACGGUGCACCUGUACAACAACGCGCUGGAGCGCGUUCCCAGCAGCCUGCCCCGCCGCGUGCGCACCCUCAUGAUCCUGCACAACCAGAUCACUGGCAUCGGCCGCGACGACUUCGCCACCACCUACUUCCUGGAGGAGCUCAACCUCAGCUACAAUCGCAUCACCAGCCCGCAAGUGCACCGCGACGCCUUCCGCAAGCUGCGCCUGCUGCGCUCGCUGGAUCUAUCCGGCAACCGACUGCAUACGCUGCCGCCGGGGCUGCCCCGCAACGUGCACGUGCUGAAGGUCAAGCGCAAUGAGCUGGCCGCCCUGGCACGCGGGGCUCUGGCCGGCAUGGCCCAGCUGCGUGAGCUCUACCUCACAGGCAACCGGCUGCGUAGCCGGGCUCUGGGCCCCCGCGCCUGGGCUGACCUCGCCCAUCUGCAGCUGCUGGACAUUGCCGGGAAUCAGCUCACGGAGAUCCCCGAGGGGCUCCCCGAGUCACUUGAGUACCUGUACCUGCAGAACAACAAGAUUAGCACUGUGCCCGCCAAUGCCUUUGACUCCACACCCAAUCUCAAGGGGAUCUUUCUCAGGUUUAACAAGCUGGCCGUGGGCUCUGUGGUGGAAAGCGCCUUCCGGAGGCUGAAGCACCUACAGGUCUUGGACAUAGAAGGCAACUUUGAGUUUGGUGACGUUUCCAAGGACCGGGGCCAGUUGAAAGAGGAAGAGGAGGAGGAGGAGGAAGAGGAGGAAGAUGAGGAGGACGAGGAAAGGCGAUAGUGACCAGGUGAACCGGAUCUGACUGACAUAGGACAAUGGACCGCUGGACCCUCUUCUGUAGCACGUGCCUGUGCCCUGUGAGCCCCCAUUCUGUCACACUCACAAACACACCCAGCACUGUACCCACAGCCCUCCGCCAACACAGGCUGAAUAGUCUCCCACCCCACCCCUUCGUACAGUUCGUGCCACAGCCAGAUACACGCAGAUACCAUGACACACCCAUACACAGCCAGGUGCACAUUUCCACUAAAGGGUGCCACUCUCCGCCCCACACCCACCACCACUCUCACUGCCUCUGGGUCACGCAGAUUCGGGGAAGGGUCUGAUCCCGCUCUGGCAUACAUAGGCUCCCACUUUCUCUUCCACGGAUACACACACACACACACACACGUCAUGUGCAAACAGCCCUCCUCAGCCUAUGCCACCAACAGCUCUUGCCUCAGCCAGAAGUGGCCAGAACAGCUCUCCGUCUGCCUGUCCGUCUGUCCGUCUGUCCUCCGGAGAAGAUACAGUUAUCUCCGAGCUCUCUGCGGCCAGGUGCCUGCUGCCCUCUGGAACUCACAAAAGCUGGCUUUUGUUCCUUUCUCUACCUUUGGGGACAGGAACCUUCAGAACUGCUGCCCUGGCCCCGCCCACCCUGCCCUCCACCUGCUGGGGGAGUCACUCCCUGCCAUGCUCUGGCUGGCCACAGGCACAUCUUGGAUGGGCAAGCCCCACUGAUGCCAGAGGAAAAGUCUGAGAUUGCCAGGAGCUUUGGGCAGGAGUGAGGAGAAAGGGCCCGACUCCACUGAUGAGACACCGUUUUUAUUCUUUGGGCCUGUGGGGAGUUCUGACUGCCUUUGUUUUUGUUUUUGUUUUUUUUAAGAAAAAGAAUGAUAAAGAACUCAAAGCUGAUUUUUCUUGUUACAGAAAAACUAAUAUAAAAGCAUUAGCCUUGUCUGGCAGCCUGUG